CAGGGGCAGACUCGUAUGAGUCAUGAUCUGGGCCUGGAGAUGCGGAGGGAAGCGCCGCCUCUCUCUGGGCCCCUUCUCUCCCCUUCUCCCCUCCCUGCGGCUUCUUGGCGUAGCCAGAUGCUGCGCAGCAGUCACCGAUUCUCCAUCCCCCUUCGGCUGGGGAAGGGGGCCGGUGGAGGCGCAAAGGUCGCAGGCGAGAUGAACCUUCUGGCGCCGGUGCGGAGGGACCGCGUCCUGGCGGAGCUGCCCCAGUGCCUGAGGAAGGAGGCCGCCUUGCACGUCCACAAAGACUUCCACCCCCGGGUCACCGGCGCCUGCCAGGAGCACCGGACAGGCACCGUGGGGUUUAAGAUCUCCAAGGUCAUUGUGGUGGGGGACCUGUCUGUGGGGAAGACUUGUCUCAUUAAUAGGUUCUGCAAAGACACUUUUGAUAAGAAUUACAAGGCCACUAUUGGAGUGGACUUUGAAAUGGAAAGAUUUGAAGUUUUGGGUGUUCCCUUCAGUCUACAACUCUGGGAUACUGCUGGACAGGAGAGGUUCAAAUGCAUUGCGUCAACCUACUAUCGAGGAGCUCAAGCCAUCAUUAUUGUCUUCAACCUGAACGAUGUGGCCUCCCUAGAACAUACCAAGCAGUGGCUUGCUGAUGCUCUGAAGGAGAAUGACCCUUCCAGUGUGCUUCUCUUCCUUGUGGGUUCCAAGAAGGACCUGAGUACUCCUGCUCAGUAUGUGCUAAUGGAGAAAGAUGCACUCAGAGUGGCCCAAGAGAUGAAGGCUGAGUACUGGGCAGUCUCCUCUCUCACUGGUGAAAAUGUCCGGGAAUUCUUCUUUCGUGUGGCAGCACUGACCUUUGAGGCCAAUGUGCUGGCUGAGUUGGAAAAAUCAGGGGUCCGGCGCAUUGGAGAUGUUGUCCGCAUCAACAGCGAUGACAACAACCUUUAUCAAACUGCCAGCAAGAAGAAAUCCACAUGUUGCCCGUGAGAGGUGAGGGGACUCUGGAGACUGCCCAGCCCUGGGAGACUGCCACAGUGACUGUCUCAGAGCUUAGCCUCUGGACAUUUGCACUAACUUUUUCUAAACCAAAGAGCUGCCCCUGAGUGGCAGUCCCCCUAGAAGGAUAGUGGGACCAAGUUAGUCACUUCCUGCCAUGCCAAAGACUGGAUACUCUCCUCUAAGGGCUUUGCAGGGGGGGCAGUAGGGAGGUGGACCAUAUGACGUUGGCUCAGCCUGCUGGCCUUUUGGGUAUGGAUGCUUAAUGAUCCCAGCCUACACUGUGCCUUACACAUUAAAGUCUUUUAGUAGCAA